AUGAGAGGCGACUCUGAGUCUGAGGUCUUGUCAGUUGCCAUCAAGAACCCCAAGCUUGGGCAACGCCUCCUCAACGUGCAGGACAAGGAUGGAAGCCUACUCCGUGGUGCACAGCCUGAAUUGAUGGAAGAUCUCAUCCAUUCUUUGAAGAAUGGAGAUGAAAGCAGGAUACAAGCCUUAUUGAGUGAAGUAGCAGACAAGUCAAUGCCGAUUGAAGAUGAGGAAGUGGGGGAGUUACCUCACGAAGAAGAGGGUGAGGAAAAUCAAGAGUAUAUGGAAAUUGCAGAUAGAUGGUUUGAGGGCCUCGUCUGCCAAGACAUUCCAGUUACCAACGAAGUUUAUGCGAUUCAUAAUGUUGAAUUUGAUCGUCAGGAACUACGGAAACUUGUGAGGAUAGUCCAAGAGGUCCAAAAAAGCAUGGGAAAUAAAGAUAGCGGAGAGGGAUCUGAUAAAAAGCUUUCCAGGGCGAAGAAACCACUCAUCAUGUUCCUUCGCUCCCUUGCAAAGAAGACACAUGAAUAGGGCAAGGAUGUGGAGGCGCGGAAAAGGAGGGACACAUAAACAGUUUCUGGAAAAUUUACUUUCAAAGUGCUAAUGCUUGACCCUCAUGGUAAAAUUCUUAGUGACAGCAUCAUAUAGCGAUGUGUUGUCAAGUAUGGAUUUUGAGCUAUAGUUUACAGGAAGUGGUGCUUUGUAGUGCCAGGUAACUAAUUUCCCAUGAACAUUUAGUUUUUGCUGAUCUAAACCAUGCGAAAAUAAGUUCAUAUAAAACUAUAAAAGAAGCCUCAUGUUCAUCCC